GGCUGACGCCAGUGAAAUGAUUAAUUGCUGAAGGAGAAAAACUAAUCAAGCAGUGUGAAUCUGAAUUUGUAAAAUGUCUGGCAGUGGAGAAGGAAAUAAACUAUGGGGUGGAAGAUUUACAGGGAAAACAGACCCCAUCAUGGAAGAAUUUAAUGCAUCUAUCAGUUAUGAUAAGAAAAUGUGGAAAGCUGAUAUUAGGGGAAGCCAGGCCUAUGUGAAAGCUAUAGAGAAAGUGGGCCUUGUAACAAGUGAAGAAAGGGAGGCUAUUUAUAAUGGACUGGGAAAAAUAGAGAAAGAAUGGGAGAACAAUGAGUUUAUUAUCAAAGCUGGUGAUGAAGAUAUCCAUACAGCCAAUGAAAGAAGAUUAAAGGAACUGAUAGGAAGUGCCAGUGGUAAAUUACAUACAGGACGCAGCAGAAACGACCAGGUUGCCACAGAUAUGAGAUUGUGGCUAAAAGAUUCCCUAAAAAUUUUAACAGGUUUGGUGUCUGAUUUCAUGAAAGUUAUUUUAAAACGUGCUGCUGUAGAAAUAGACGUUCUGAUGCCUGGAUAUACACAUCUUCAAAGAGCUCAACCAAUCAGAUGGAGCCAUUGGUUGCUAAGUUAUGCCUGGAUGUUGCAGCGAGAUCUAGAGAGGUAUGAUGAGCUAGCGAAACGUACAGCUGUUCUUCCUCUUGGAAGUGGAGCACUGGCUGGUAAUCCUUUCGGAGUGGAUCGUGAAUUUCUUGCUAAAGAGCUUGAUAUGUUGAACGUUUCUGGUAACAGUCUAGAUGCUGUUAGUGAUAGAGAUUUUAUUGUGGAGUUCCUAUUCGUGUCUUCUUUGCUCAGCACUCAUUUGAGUCGCUGGGCUGAAGAUCUGAUUCUUUAUUGCACCAAGGAAUUCAAUUUUGUGGCACUGUCUGAUGCUUACAGCACAGGAAGUAGCUUGAUGCCACAGAAGAAGAAUGCAGACAGUUUAGAAUUGAUUCGUGGAAAGUCUGGAAGAAUGUUUGGAAACUGCUCUGGAUUUAUGAUGACCUUAAAAGGAGUUCCAAGUACCUAUAAUAAAGAUUUUCAAGAGGACAAAACAGCCAUGUUUGAUACCUAUGAAACCUUAUCAGGAAUACUUAAGGUAGCAACAGGAGUACUCUCAACUCUAACAAUUCACCCUGAAGCGAUGAGAGCUGCUCUGAGCCCUGACAUGCUGGCCACAGAUUUGGCAUAUUAUUUGGUAAGGAAGGGAGUUCCUUUCAGAGAAGCUCAUGGUCUAGCUGGAGGAUGUGUUGCUCUAGCAGAGAAGAAGGGAUGUGCAAUGUCAGAUUUGACUGUUGAUGAUUUUAAAUCUAUCCAUGCCCUGUUUGAUUCAGAUGUAACCCAAGUUUGGAACUAUGAGAACUCUGUAAACCAGUACAAUGCUAUUGGAGGGACAGGCAAACAAAGCGUUGUACAACAGAUAGAGAAGUUGGAGAAAUGGAUCUCAAACAAAGCCUAACUUAAAAUUGUAAUUCUCCUCUUUCUUGCUGCUUCUUGCUUAAGCAGCUUUAGUCGUUAGUUUGACUUAAUAGGGUCAAACGGCCAAUAAAGGGACCUUUACGAUUUUAACUAUGUGCCAUGCAGGAUUUAAAUAGAAAUUAAUUGAUCUGCCUUGUCAUGAUUUUAUGGAUAACAUUUCUUUUUGAGUUGGUAUUUUAAGGAUGAAACUCUCCAUUAGCCUCUACUCAUAACAAAACACAAGACAAUAUUAUGGAAUAUACCACACUUUUUUGAUAAUGUUUGGCACAUAACGUACUCCUAAAUGUAUUUCCCACUAACUCUUUGCAUUUAUAUUGAUGAGAUCUUGGCCAAGUUCGAAUUUUUCAGACGAUUUUAUUAGGGUGAGCUUAUUUUGCUAGGCUUAAACUUUAUUCUUGUUUAUGUUUUUGGUUAAAUGGAUUUUUAAAUUCAUAUAUUUCCAACUGUUUGCUCAAAUUAUUUCAUGCAUUAAUGCCAAAAUCUUAUUAUAAUGUAAACUGCUAAAUUUUCUUGUCUGGUGUGUUGAAUUUGUGUCUUUGUGUUGAUGAUAUAUGAUCAGUAGUUUUCAGAUAUACAAGUGUAAUCCAAAUCUUUUGACUGAGUUACAGUCCUGAUGUGUGGUUUGUUUAAAUAAAUUGUUGUUUUUUUGUUGUAUAAUUGUUGAUCAAUUCCUUAUAAGUAUUCAAUAAAUGAAUUUUAGUUCU